UUCCAUGGGGAUUUUUUUUCUUUUUAUUUAUUUAUUUUUUUUUAAUUUUCCAGUGGCGGAAACGUGCUUCCAUAUUCCUCUGUCCUUCAUACUUGACUAUUCUAAGUUGCCUUUCUCUCCUCCUCUCUGCCUAUGGGCGUGAAUUUCCAGCUCCUCCAGCCUGAACGGGAACUCCCAGAAAUAGCGCAAAAUCGGAAAGCCUCAGGGAAAAAUGGCUGAAGUUUCACCCAUAACGCGACAAAUAACCAAAGAAACCCAGGAAGUCGGAGCCCUGGCUGUUGAUUUCCGUCUUGAAGAUGUGGAGGACUGUUUAAUAUACGACCGGCACGGAGUCGGUGUUCCCUUCAAGAAAUUAUAUGAGGACAGGAAGGCGGUCCUAAUUUUUGUGCGGAAUUUCUUGUGCUACAGCUGUAAAGAAUAUGUGGAUGAUUUGAGCAAAAUACCCAGAAAACUACUACAGCCAUUCUGCUCACUGACAGGGUACCCUCAUGAAAUCUAUGUAGAUCCCGAAAGAUGCAUUUAUCAAAAGCUUGGGAUGAAAAGAGAAGAGAGAUAUACAGACUCAGCCCACCCCAGCCCACACGUUAAGUCUGGUAUAUUAAUUGGUCAGAUGAAAAGUAUAUGGAGGGCCAUGACAAGUCCUGCGUUUGACUUCCAGGGUGACCUACAUCAGCAAGGUGGAGCCAUCAUUGCAGGACCAGGCUCGACAGUUCAUUUUUGCCAUUUUGACAUGAACCGCCUGGACCACAUGCCCAUUAACUGGCUUCUGCAGCUCGCCGGAGUUCAACAGACUCUGGACUUCGAUGAUAAACCAAAGAUCAUCCAUGUGUAGCCAGCUGGCCACCUUACUGUGGGCUAAUGUGUUCCCGGAUCGCCCCGUUUUGCUGAUAAUAUCAAAAAUGCUGGGAUGAACAUAGUUAGCUAAACAUGGACUGUGCACUUGGACAUUGUGUAAGACAUUUUCAGCCAGACACAUCAUUUGCAGCUGUCUAUUUGUAUCCUGUCUGUGCAGGGCAGUGACUUUUGGGAUUGCAUAGGUGCAAUCAUACAAUCUAGCUGAUGAAGACAGAAAGAUUCGUAGAGUUGCGAUUAUUUUUGUCAGUUUCCAGUAUUUGGUAUGAGUGUUUGAGUGCAACAGAGAUGUGAAUGUGCUACUGUAUUUGUGCUGUUUUUAUUGCUUUCUACAUUUUUGUCACACUCCUAUUAGAUUAUAUAUUGUGUAAUUAUUACAUGCACAUGCAAAUAUUAUCAAUGAACACACAUAACAACUAGUGCACUGAUGUGGAGCAUUCCUCUUAUUUUACCUUUUACUUUUUACAGUUUUUCCCACACUGGUAAUAAAGUGUUUUUGGUA